CUCUCGAGUGUGUUUCCUUAUCGGUGAAGCUGCGCGUUAUCGUUAUUUUUUGUUUGUUAUUGUUAAUGUCAUUAAAGAAAACUACUCGGAUAGAGUUAUUUGAGCGCGGUGUUGACGUGGAUAGUGAAAAGCAGAGGGAGAGAGAGAGAGAGAGAGAGAGGGAGAGAGAGAGAGGGUCGGUCGGUCGGUCGGUGGGUGAAUUGUCGCCACGCUGGUUUGUUUGUGUAAUGCGCAGUAACGGUCGUUUUUUCCACACAGGAAUAAAUACUUCUGUUUUGUGUGAGCUAGUUUAUUCUAACCUUUAUUCUUCGAUGAAUAGUUCUGCUAAUCUGGCUCUGCACUAAAUUCAGCCAUGGUGAAACAGACGAAGGCAAAGACAUUCCAAGCAUACCUGGACUCCUGCCACCGCCGCUACAGCUGCGUCCACUGCCGUGCUCACCUGGCCAAUCAUGAUGAGCUCAUCUCAAAGUCCUUUCAAGGAAGCCAAGGGCGGGCGUACCUGUUUAACUCUGUGGUGAAUGUGGGCUGUGGUCCAGCUGAGGAGAGGUUGCUGUUAACUGGACUUCAUGCUGUGGCUGAUAUUUACUGUGAGAACUGCCACACUACUCUAGGCUGGAAAUAUGAGCAGGCAUUUGAGCUAAGUCAGAAGUAUAAAGAGGGAAAGUACAUUAUUGAACUGUCCCACAUGAUCAAGGACAAUGGCUGGGACUAAAGCUCUCUGAACUGGCUUUUUCGUACUGGCCAGAACUUGGUGUGUUGCCAAGAACGACCAUUUUAUACAUGUUUAUUAUUGCUUUACUAUUGUGCACUUUUAUUUGUUUAAAAUCCCAACUGACCAGUUUCACAUGUGUGGUUAAGGCAAAAUUUAUAUAGACCUGUAAAAUGUAAAUGGAUCCUGUACAUGCUGGAACAGAAAUUACCUUUAUUAAGUGGUCCAGAAAUCUCCCUUUGUAGCUACAAGUUUGGAGACACGAGGAAGUGAGUGAUUAAAAAAAACAAAAAAAAACAAAAAUAAAAAUGGUAGAUGCAAUGUGUUUACUCAGCAUUACUGUGUGUGUCGAACUGAGGUAUGUGUUUUAUUUGUGUGUAAGAGAUUAAGUGCAAUAUGUGUAUAUGUGUCUGUGUUAUGAGGUCUUUUUUGACUGAUUUGUAAAGGUGUAUCCCAUGUAAGAAUAGCUGCAUGCAAAAAAACAAUCUGUUAAUGGGUUGUAGCUUGUAAACCAGCUGGUGUGCUUUUGACACCAGUUACAGCUUAAAAUUCUUAUGGAAUGUAAUUGGGACACUUGUUUAUGUAAAUAGUGUGGCAUGUACAGUUGCUUUUAUUUGAUCAUGUUUGAUUAUGGAGCAUAAAAUUGAGUAAAAGCAUUAAAGUUGUAAUAGCUUUAAUAAAUUGUGAUGGAUUGAC